AUGCAUCUGAACUCCUCUGACAACCGGACCGCCUCUGAGUUCACCUCCAAACUGACCCCCACGGCAGACAUAUGUGUGGGACUGACCAUCCUCUCCGUCGUUCUGCUCUCUGUUCUGGGCAAUGGGCUGGUUCUGGUGGUUUGUUACCGCAGGAGGAAGAAGAUGGUGGGUUCGGAGCUGCUGUGCGUCAACCUGGCCGUCGUCGACUUCCUCUGCUGCAUCUGCUUCUACCCGCUCUCCAUCAUGUCCUCCUUUAACCACGCAUGGCUGGGAGAAAACGUCACGUGCGUUUACUACGGCCUCGGCUGCUACAUUUUCGGCCUGUGCGGCAUGUUCACCAUCACCGCCAUCAGCAUCAUCCGCUACCUGAAGACAUGCUACAGCUUGGUUUACGCUGUGUGGCUGGAAGGCGCCAACAUCCAGCUAGCAUGCUGUGCCAUCUGGUUUGUGGCUGCACUGUGGUCUUGCUUCCCUCUAUUCGGCUGGGGCGAGUACGUCCCUGAGCCCUACGGACUGUCCUGCACCGUUGCCUGGAGGGGUUAUCAUACGUCAGCCAAGGACGCCUUCUAUGUCAUCUGCUCCUUCGCUUGCUUCACACUGGUUCCCGUCGUCCUCAUCAUGGUGUCCCAGUGUCAGAUCCUCUACAAGGUUUACCGCUUCUCCUACUCGCUGUCUGCAAGAGGCAUCCGCAACAACCUGCGAUACGCUGAAAAACGACUCACCAUGAUGUUCUUCUGCAUCAGCCUGGGUUUUGUGAUCGCCUGGGCCCCGUACGCUGUUGUGUCCUUCCUCUUCAUUUUCCACAAGGAGAGCCGGUACAUGGCUCCUGAGGGCUUUGUAUUCCCCGCCCUCUUCGCCAAAAGCUCCCACAUCUACAACCCGUUCAUCUACUUCUACUUUAACAAGAAUUUCCAGCAGGAGCUCCGCUGCAUGAUCCUCUCUUUCUGCCCCAAAUUCGGGGGGAAUCGCGUAGGCAUCCACAUUGCCGCGGGCCACCCAGGCGCGUAUCCCAUCCACAUUCAGCUCCAGGAAAGAGGCUACAUCCAAAAGAAGAACUUUGGUUUGUCUCAGGACCGAAUUCACAGCAAGAGCAAAGGCAAAGUAAUGCACCCCAGCAGCCUUCGUGUCCAUGGCAGGCCGGUGUACGCCUGCUGGGGGUCCUUGUCGAAGAUUACCCCGUCCCUCUUGGACAGUAAACCUGGCAAACCCUCCCUGCCUGUCUCUAUAUGA